AAAGGAAAGCAAAAGGAGAUGCAUGGUGUGGGAGAAAAGACCAAUCUAUAUCUUCCUUCCUAGGCCACCUCCACGCAACAAGCCUCGCCCCCUCUUUUUCACACGACACACUGCACAUACAAAUACAAACACACACUCCUGUCCUUUCCAGUCCAAGUUUCUUCCAACCCUCCCACCCCUCUCUCUAGCCUCUCCGCCUCAACCCCUCUCCCUCUCCUCCCCCUUCUCAACUCCUGCUCUCUCGCACUACACGCACUAGUCGUCUCUUCCCUCCCAAGCGAGAAUUCCCGGCCUCCGCCUCAAUUUCCAUACUUCCCCAACCAAAUAAAGAACAUACUACACGCAGCCAUACUCUCCUCCGAUCCAUCUACGACGAGAUACACCUCCGGUUUCUCGUCACGCACUUCGAGAGAGCAAGAACAUGGAGUUGUUCCCAGCGCACCCGGACCUGCAGCUGCAGAUCAGCCCUCCCCCAGCCACCAAGCCAAUGGAGCUAGGGUUUUGGAAGAGAGCUCUAGACACCACCUCGCCUGCGACCACAACUGCGGCGGCGGCGGCCGUCGCAGCUACCACGGCCCCGUCCCUCUCCUUCGCCUCCUCGGCGCCGACGACAGCCGUGGGAUUCCACGCGGCGGCCGGCGGGCACCAUCAUCAUCAGGCGCCGGGCUCCCACUUCGGCCUCCCGUUCUUGCACCACACGCAGCCCAUCCUCCCCGAGGGCGGCGGCGGCGGCGGCCUCCGGGACCUGGCGUCGAUGAGGCCCAUCCGGGGCAUCCCCGUGUACAACAUCUCGCAGCCGCUCCCCUUCCUCCAGAGCCACCCGCACCACCACCACCACCACCAGCAUUGCUACGACGCGAUCGCCGGCAUGGGCCACUCCGGCGGUGGGCCGAGGUCCCCCAAGGCCGCCGCGCUCCGGCUCGCGGGGGCACCGGCGAAGCGGGGGGCGCGCGCGCCGAGGAUGCGGUGGACGACGUCGCUGCACGCGCGGUUCGUCCACGCCGUCGAGCUGCUCGGGGGACACGAGAGAGCUACACCCAAGUCAGUUCUUGAGCUAAUGGACGUGAAGGAUCUGACCUUGGCCCAUGUCAAGUCGCACUUGCAGAUGUACCGGACCAUCAAGACUACUGACCACAAGCCAGCUUCUGCUUCAUCCUAUGGACAAGCAGGUGCCAAGACGAUUAUAGACAUCCCAGACGACAACUUGUUUGACGUCACCAACACUACCAGCGGGUCUGAGUCGUCCGCUCAGCAAUCUAAUCCUGAUGGCAACGAUCAUGGCUCCAGCAUGUGUGCUCUCUGGAGCAACUCCUCGAUAAGCAGCAGGGGGGCCUGGUUCCAUGACAAAUCAAUAGAUGCCACUCCUGGCGACAUCAAAUCCUUCGAGGACGUGCAAUCACGAAGCCUUGACGAUGUCUCCAACCUGAACUCGUCGCCGUUCCAAGUAGCCGGGAUGUUUGGCAGGACCAAGAAACCGAACCUGGACUUCACCCUAGGACGGAUAUGAUCCGAUCCGCCAUCGGCAUGUCACCAAGGACCGGAAGAGGAGACCAAAGACGGCUAGCUAUCAGCAUAUACAGACCAAUUUGCUUCUAGGCGGCCAUAUUUAUGAGAUCUGGCUGAUGGUGCACAUACACGGAUGCAUGUGUUCCCCGUAUGGCCGUUGCUAGCAGAGGGAGGGGAAGAACCAUAGCUUGAAGAAAGGAUAAAGAGAGGCUAGGAGUAAAGAAUAAGAGAUAAGACAACCGUCGAUCCAGGAACAAAGCUAGCUAUCGCAAAAGGAGAUGCAUGGGGAGACAUUGCAUGGUGCGUGCGUGUGUGCAGUGUGCUUGCUGUUGUGUGCGUGGUGGUGGUAAGAGAGAUAGCUCGAGAUAGGCUUUAUCAAAGGCAGCAGGCAAGGGCAAGGGGUAGCUUGCUUGCUUGCCUGCCUGCCUGCUGCUCGUCAAAGGGCAUACGCAUAUUCUCAUUGCUUGCUUCUGGAGUCUGGACUGGUGGUGUACACAUGCACUGCAAAGCAUGCAUGAAGAGCUACAGAUGCAUGAGUAGUGGUAGUACUGCCUAGGUGUAGGAGCCGGUUGGCCGGCGGCUAAGGUUAACAAAAGUUUGCUCCUUCGUAUCUUUUGUUAUACUAUAUGCUCGUGCCACACACAAAAGUGCAAAUAGAGGUAGCGCAUAUAUGUUGUUGUAUGUGCUUGCAUGCGUGUGUGUGUGUAAUGGUGUAUGGACCAUGGAGUAUUCUUGCUCUCUGCUAGCUUUCAAUGGAGGAUAGAAUAGAUUCUUGCUUGCCC